CAGGCGAAUCCCUAGCGUGUAGGGGCAGCAUGCCAGCGGCACGUGAGAAGGCUGCGCGCGAAGGGAUUCAGGCUGCGAUCUGGUCGCAGCUGGAAACUACCGUUCCCGAAGUGCUUCCUGCCCUCCCAGCGGGCGCUGCCGCCCGGCGACGGCGUGGUGCACGCUGGGAUUUGUAGUCUAUUACACAGUUUUGCGCAUCCUACCUGGAAGGUGGGCCAGUGAUCAGUGCCAGUUCAGAUGCUGCAGCCACCGGCCUGGUUGACCAUGGCCCUUUCUGUGGAGACCGAGUCGCAUAUCUACCGAGCUCUGCGCACUGCUUCUGGGGCUGCCGCCCACCUUGUGGCCCUGGGUUUCACCGUCUUUGUGGCUGUGCUUGCCAGGCCUGGCUCCAGUCUGUUCUCCUGGCAUCCCGUGCUUAUGUCUCUGGCUUUCUCUUUCCUGAUGACUGAAGCACUGCUGGUGUUCUCUCCGGAGAGUUCGCUGCUGCGCUCCCUCUCGCGGAAAGGCCGAGCACGCUGCCACUGGGUACUGCAGCUGCUGGCUCUGCUGUGCGCGCUGCUGGGCCUGGGGCUUGUCGUCCUCCACAAGGAACAGCUUGGCAAAGCCCACCUGGCCACGUGGCAUGGACGCGCAGGGCUGCUAGCUGUGUUGUGGGCGGGGCUGCAGUGCUCAGGUGGGGUUGGGCUGCUCUACCCCAAACUGCUGCCCCGAUGGCCCCUGGCGAAGCUCAAGCUAUACCAUGCCACUUCUGGGCUAGUGGGCUACCUUCUGGGUAGUGCCAGCCUCUUGUUGGGCAUGUGCUCACUCUGGUUCACUGCCACAGUCACUGGUGGGGUCUGGUACCUGGCUGUGCUCUGCCCUGUCAUUACCAGCUUGGUCAUCAUGAACCAGGUAAGCAACGCCUACCUUUACCGCAAAAGGAUUCAGCCAUGAGCUCUUCUCAGCCUAGAAGCCUGGAUUUGUCCUUCAGAGUAGGAGCAGGGGCUGGGAACUCCUGGACUCUCUCAGCUGACUAGGUCGCAGGGACCCUCAGGCACUGGGGCGCUCACGUGUAGGAGUCCUGUGUGUGACAUUUGUGCUUGCUCUUCGCACUGGAAUGCCUUCUCUUUCCCUCUCUACCAUCCCAGAGGAGCUUAUGGAUCAUGUGGCUUGGUGAAGUUGGGGUGGCAAGGCUGCCUCCCCAGCAACUUGACUCAUCCUUGUACUGGUAUGUCCAGAAAUUAUUGGAGAAAAAAAGUGAAAUAAAUAAAAUGAAUGAAAAGACUGGAUGGGGGGAGUAGCCCAAAGUUGGGGAUAGUUCUCGUUAGUGCCGUUAGCAUGAAAAAAAUGGGCUGCUGGGCAAGAUGGGGGCCCGUCCCUGACUGCUCGCUGAGGGGCUGAAGCUCUACCUGCACACAAGUCUCCAUGGCUGUUGAGUGCCUCAUGCCACCCAGGCCCCAAGGCUGUGGCUGUGAAUGGCACAUCUGUGUGUCCUUUUGGUCUCCCAGCUGCCCACUGGGCUGGAGUCUCCAGCUGUGGUGGUUAGAUCUGGACAAUGACAGGAUGGGAGCUGGCGAUGGGCUGUCUCUAUAGGUGUCAAGCACUGAGUACUCUCUUGGAGGUGAGUCAUGGAUGAGAACCAUUCCUUAUGAUGGAGAGGUCUUCAAUCGUUAGAUUCCCUGGGCAGGGCCUCCCUGCCUGGGGAUAGGAGGGAGAGAGAAAAUGAGUAAGGGUGUGAGGUGACAGCUCUGGGAAGAUUGCUUGACAGUGAGCAUGUGUGGUGGGGGGAGG